AUGGUUAAAGCAGGUGUUUUGGGCGCCACAGGAUCUGUGGGCCAGCGUUUCAUCUUGUUAUUGGCUGAGCACCCUGAAUUCGAAAUUCACGCUUUGGGUGCUUCGGCUCGUUCUGCUGGAAAACCUUACAGAGACGCAGUUACCUGGAAACAGACUGCCUUGUUGCCAGAAGUGGCUAGAGGUAUUGUCGUUGAGGAGUGCAAACCCGAAGGGAAAUUCGCCGAAUGUGACAUUGUCUUCUCCGGCUUGGACUCGGACUACGCUGGCGAGAUCGAGAAGGCUUUUGUCAAUGCUGGUUUGGCCGUGAUCUCCAACGCUAAGAACUACAGAAGAGAGCCCGAGGUGCCUUUGGUUGUGCCUAUCGUCAACCCUGAGCACUUGUCGGUUGUCGAGAAGAAGGUUGCCGAUGCCAAGAAGCAGGGCAAGAAGGAGGGCUUCCUUGUGUGUAUCUCCAACUGCUCCACUGCUGGUUUGGUCGCUCCAUUGAAGCCUUUGGUGGAGAAGUACGGCCCCAUUGACGCCUUGACCUCCACCACGUUGCAGGCGAUUUCUGGUGCUGGUUUCUCGCCAGGUGUUUCUGGAAUCGACGUCUUGGACAACAUUGUCCCAUACAUUGGCGGUGAGGAGGACAAGAUGGAGUGGGAAACCAGAAAGAUCUUGGGCCACCCCAACGCCGACAACACUGCCGUUGAGCUCUUGGACGAGGAGAAAAUGAAGGUCAGUGCUCAGUGCAACAGAGUCGCUGUCAGUGACGGCCACACCGAGUGUAUUUCCCUCAGAUUCGCCAACAGACCUGCUCCAUCGGUCGAGGACAUCAAGAAGACCAUGAGAGACUACGUCUGUGACGCCGCCAAGUUGGGAUGUGCCUCUGCGCCAAAACAGACCAUCCACGUUUUGGAGGAGCAGGACAGACCACAGCCUCGUUUGGACAGGGACAGAGACGCCGGUUACGGUGUUUCCGUGGGCCGUGUUAGAGCCGACCCUGUGUUGGACUUUAAGAUGGUUGUGUUGUCCCACAACACCGUCAUUGGUGCCGCCGGUGCUGGUAUCUUGAUUGCCGAGAUUUUGAAGGCCAAGAACGUUAUUUAA